AUGAAUAAGAUUACGGGAAAAGUUGCUCACCCUUCUUGGCUUCGACAAAGAGAAUUUGGUCAAAAGUUACCUCAUUCAGUAGGACAUUCAGAUCGAUUUUUCAAGGCGUUGUAUUCAACAUACUUUCCAUACCAUUCGUGGGACCAAGGACACAUAAGAUGUGCAAAUCACGGCGGAAUUCUCAAUAUUGAGUUCUCUCCGGAUGGAUCAUAUAUUGUGGCAGCUUGUGAGAAGCACAGCCUCCUCUUGUUUGAUCCGCUGUCGCGUAAAAUGAUCCGCUCUGUGAACAACGCCCAUACCAAUUGCGUGACAAAUGUGAAGUUCGUGGAUUCCCAGAACUUCGCCACAGGCAGUGACGACAGCACGGUGGCCCUUUGGGACGUGAGGAACCUCAAGACGCAGGUUCGCACUUUUCAGGGCCAUUCCAACUCCGUGCAGGACAUCGAGUUUUCGCCGCAAGACGGCUUGCUAGUCACCUCUGGGUUCGACGGAAGCGUUUGCACUUGGGACAUAAACAGUUACGAGGAAGAUUUAUGCCGCAAAGUAUUUUACACCUACGAUCUGAUGCGCAUGCGGUUGACAAGCGACGCGUCCAAAAUGGUGAUUUCCACCGCCAGGGGCUACCUCAUGAUCGUCCACGACUUGGACGUGGCCGCCCUCGCCGAAGACCUGAAGGGCUUCCAGCCCGACGCGUGCCGCUUGCGCCUGCGCCAGACCGGGCCGCCGGCCACCAGCUACGCGCUCUUUUCGCGGCGCAAGCGCAACCGCGUGGAGCUCGUCACCGACUUCCCGCGCGAGGACGACUCCAGCGUCCUGUCUUCGCUGGAGCUGCACCCCGCGGGCUGCGCGGCGCUGUCGCGCGGCAUCAGCGACGCCCUGGGGCUGGAGUGGACGUGCGUGCACGACAUCCAGGGCCACGGGCUGGGCGGCGACGCCGGCGCGGACAGCGACGGCGAAGACGAGGUCGAGGCCAUGGCCCUGGCCCAGGGCCAGCCACAAGCCGAUGGCGUGGCUGGGCCGAGCGGCGCGGCGUCCGCCGGGGGGCUCCAGAGGGCCACCGGGGACCAGCAAGGGGGGCCCAGCACGCUUUCCGGCGAACGACUGGAGGAAGACAUGGAAGCUUCCGGAGGCGAAGAUGAAUCAGAGACGGAAAGCGUUGCGAACGCCAGCAUGGAGCUGUGCGUGCAUUCUGAUGAUAGUUUGGGAGAUGGAAGUUGGCUGGAAAAUGCAGAUGCAAGUAGCUGGGAUGAUUGCGGGGGGCUCGACGCAGGGCAGGUCGGAGCAGGGAUGGAGGCAGGGGCUGGGAUGCCGGCAAUGGAAGUCGAUGCGUCGGGGGAUGGGCCGAGUUCAUCGGUUCACUUUGCUCGUUUCCCCGGUCGUCCAAAGAGCAGUCGAGUUUAUCAAUACAAUCCGAGGUUGACUCAUUUUAUCGAGGAACUAAGUGCUGGGAAAUGGUAUAUUAAGGAAUUAUGCUUUUCUCCUGACGGGAGAUUAAUGGGUUCUCCCUUCGGAUGCGGGGUGAGGCUACUUGCUUUUUCUCCCGAAUGCUCGGAACUAUCAGUUUGUGUUCCACGCGCAGAACCACUUCCUUUGUACGAAUUGGCUACUAACAUAUGCCACAACAGUAUAGUACUUUGCACAAGAUUUUCCCCUCAUCACUGCCUGUUAGUAUCUGGUUGCUUUAGUGGAAACAUUAUAUGGCACCAACCGAUGAUAUGA